CAAAAUAGAAAUGUUUACUCCAGUGGUAGGUUUUGUGCCAGAAAACUAUCCAAAGCAUAUUCAACUCGGAUUUGGAAGAAAUUCUAUAGGGUAUUCGUUAUGCUACGGUGGAUUAUACUUUGAACAUGAUUCUGUGAAAGACUUUGGACCAAAGUGCAAUGUUGGAGACCGUAUACAUUGCGAAAUCAGAAAACAAGAAGCUUUGAAGCCGUAUAACACGGAACUCAACGCCUUUUUCGUGAGAAAUGGGGAAGUGGUUUUAAAACAGAAAAUUUAUAGUGCCAUAUCCACAGGAACAAACGUUCAGCGCUAUCCUGCAAUUGAAUUGCACUAUCCGGGGCAAAAAGUCAAAGUGGUUACAGACCACAUGGACAUACCGAGGUCGUAGCUGAAAGUGCAGAUAUGUUAUAUUAUAUUAUGCGGUUAGACCAAUGACAGAUGUCUGCAAGAGUGUUGUAGGAUAGAUGACGAACAGUCUCUGUUGUGUGCAAGGGUCGUUCAAUAUAUAAUACAACAAUAGCUGUAAAUUCUUCUAUCUAUCUAUCUAUCUAUCUAUCUAUCUAUUAUUAAUAUUAUCAUUAUUAUUAUUAUUAUUAUUAUUAUUAUUAUUCAUUAUGCCAGAUUUAAACAGCGCCUUUUUCAUGAUAAACACGUUCAAAGGCGCUUUACAUAUAGCAAACGCAGCCACACAAGACGCGAAAUUCAUCAUCUACUAGUACAGACACAGAACAAUCUGACCAGCGGGACAGAGUGAGAUAUAGCCCCCAGAACAGAUAGAGAGAAAUCCUUUUCUAGAUACAGACUUGUCUGGCUAACUUAGUCUAUCUCUUUGCGAAUAGACAAUCUGGUUCUUUAACGUGCCCGGUGUAUAGCACCGAUACACGCGAAGCCAUCUUUCCUGGGGAGAACUAGUACAGGCCUCUUAGUUAGGUGGGAGACACUCAUGACAUCUCAGAAAUUUCCAGUGCCUGGAACGGGAUAAUUGAUUUUUAAGGGCACAUGCAGGAAGUCAGUAAAAACUUUAUUGAUAACUGUUUUUCAUGUUACCGCAGUAUACCUUUUUACAAGAAUGUAUAAGGUCAUUGAUAAAAAUUUAGAACUUCCAUAUAUAUUUAUAUCCUGUCACUAAUUAAAUACAGUGUAACCUCUGUACAGCAACACCCUUUGGGAGAAGCAGAUAUUGACCUCUGUUGAGAGGUUGUUGCUCUAUAGAGGUUAUAUUAAUAGUAAAUUUCAGCUUUGGAACAUUUUUAUGAUGCUGUUGUGGAGAGGUUUUUGCUGUAGAGAGGGCCGCUCUGUAGAGGUUGCACUGUAUGCCUCAUUUAUUGCCUGCUAAUUAUUUAA